CAACAAUCCCUAAUAAGCCUAAUCUCAGACAAGGAGAGAUUCAAAGGGAAUCUCCUUUUCUCUCUCUCUCUCCCUUCUCACCCGGAGAAUGCGCUCAGUGAGUUGCACCAAAGAAUUAAUAUGAAUAGUUCGUGGUUUUUUGACGAAAACUUCAAUGGCCUCUCUGAUGACUUCUUUGAUGAUGUCGUCAAGUGUUUUGACUUUCCAUUAGAAGAUGUGGAGUUGAACAAUGGAGAAGAUUGGGAUGCUGGCUUUCAAAACCUUGAGCCACCCCCUGCUAAUGUCUUGGCAGGUUUAUCAUCUGAUUUAUCUGAUAAUACUUGCAAACAGAAUGUGGGAGUUCAGCAGAGCCGCCCUAUGCCGUUUCAGUACAGCGGUACUUCUGAGGUGAAACAACACCCAAGCACUUAUGGAGCUCCCUCCAGCAGAAGUAUUUUUAUCCACAAGUCUACUAAUGGCAAAGAUUCACGGCUGCUUCAAACCUCCAGUCCAGUUUCUGUCCUUGAAAAUAGCAGUUCUUCCUCAGCCGAAAAUCCUGCAUCCUUAAACACUAAACUUAGCAUCCCAGUGAAGCGUACUCGAAGCAAGCGUAGACGCCCCUCAGCCUCCUACCUGCAAUCCACAUUUCGUUUCAUCUCUUCUGUGACUGCUUCUGGAGAAUCUCAUGCUACUGUUGAAUCAGAAUCAGAAAGCUGUCUGGCUGAGAAAUCGUCCAAGAAGAAGCAGAAAAAGAAAAGGAAUCUGACACUCCUCUCAGGCUCUGGUGAGACUAAGAAAUCCCUGCCAGACCAGUCUGUCCCAACUAGAAAAUGCAUGCACUGUGAGGUGACUAAGACCCCACAAUGGAGGGAAGGGCCAAUGGGGCCAAAGACUCUUUGCAAUGCAUGUGGGGUUCGGUACAGGUCUGGGCGUCUCCUUCCAGAGUAUCGUCCAGCUGCCAGUCCUACCUUUGUUCCAUCCUUGCACUCAAACUCUCACAAAAAGGUGAUAGAGAUGAGAAAGAAGACUGAGCAGUUACCCUCUAAGUCUGUGACAUACACUGUGACACCAGAAAACUCACAUGGUUCGUGUCUGCUGGAUUAUUAUUAGAAGAGGAGCUUUAGUGGAGGAGAGCUUUCUUGUUCUCCAUCAGUUUUUCUCCCCGUAAUAUGUCUUGUUUUUUUGUCUGUCUUCUUGUACAAGUAGGUAUUUUAGAUGAUAAAAAAUGUUUGUUCGUAGGAGCAGAUAGGAAGUAGAUGUUCAGAGUAGGAUUAGGUAUCUUAUGUGCCCUCCAGUGUGCGUAACAUAUUUGGCCAGUUGAUUACUAGGAGCUGGAGGUCCAGGACAGUGUCAGGUUCAAAUACCCUAUUCUUUUAUUCUUAACUAUAAAGUUUUCUUAUCUCUCCUUAGUGAAAUAAUUAUCAGGUACCAAGUAUAGAUGUGAACUUGUUACAUCUGUCUAUGAUCAGAAUGCCUUCUAUUACGUCGUCUUUGUAGCAGGAUGAAAAGCAAUCGGUUGAAAUGUGGCAAAGCCCGUGGAGGUAAAACUAAAUUAGUUCAGGCCUUACAUUGUUUUUAUCAUUUUUGUAAGCUUGCUUAUUUUGAUGCAAAAGACAAUGUACAAAAUAGUGACCUUAUUUCUUGCUAAUGCUUACUGAGCAAGCACCCUGGCUGCAACCAUA